CUUAUCCUUUUAAGGGCUCAUUGCAAACAUAUAGCAUCGCAAUCUUCUCAUCCUAUAGCAUCGCAAUCUGCACAAAGUAGUGGGGUAAGAAAAAAAAGAAAAAAAAAAGGAAGCAAUGACCAUGGAAGCUUGUUUUCUCUCCUCAAACUCAUUUUCCAAAACCAUAACAUUUGUCCCUUCAAUCAAAUCUAAAGUGCUUGCCCACCAUCCAAAGAGAAAUCACAAUCAGUUUCAAUCCAAGAAAGUUGGCAUUCCAUCUCCUAUUACAUGUUGCCAUUUGGGGUCAUCAUCCUCACCAGAAGAUGAUAGCAAACCUGUUCAUAAUUCCGAUUGGCGAUCGUUCAGAGCAAGAUUAGUAGCCGGCGAGCGAGCGCUAAGGCCAGAACUAGAAGAGCCUACCUCUCUGGUGGUUCAGCAUCAGCAUCAGCCUCCAACUGUAUCAAUUGGUGACAAGUGGGCACAUACCAUCCACGAACCAGAGAAGGGUUGUUUGCUCAUUGCCACAGAGAAGCUGGAUGGGGUCCACAUUUUUGAACAGACGGUGAUCCUGCUCUUAUCAACCGGUCCAGUGGGUCCAACCGGAAUCAUACUCAACCGCCCUUCACUUAUGUCCAUCAAGGAAACCAAAUCAACGGUUCUAGAUGUGGCGGGGACUUUCUCGGAUAGGCCAUUGUUCUUUGGAGGGCCACUAGAGGAAGGGUUGUUUUUGGUGAGUCCCAAAGAAGGCGGUGGCAGUGGCAGUGGUGGUGAUGGUGGGGUUGAGAGGAGUGGGGUGUUUGAGGAAGUGAUGAAAGGUUUGUACUAUGGAACCAAAGAGAGUUUGGGGUGUGCUGCUGAGAUGGUGAAGAGGGAUGUGGUUGGGGUUGGGGAGUUCAGGUUCUUUGAUGGGUACUGUGGGUGGGAAAAGGAGCAAUUGAAGGAUGAGAUAAGGGCUGGAUAUUGGACUGUGGCUGCAUGUAGCCCAAGUGUAAUUGGGUUGGGUGAUAUUGUUGGGCUGUGGGAGGAGGUCCAUGGGCUUAUGGACCCUAGAAAGGUUUGGUGACCCACCCUCUUAAAUGUGGGGAAUUAAAUCUAUGUCAAAAUGUAGGUAUAACAUGUUGGGUUUUCAAGCUCUAGAGUGCCUCUUGUACAUCAUGUAUUUUAACAAUUGUUGUAAUAGUGGACUUGAAAUUGGGGAAUGUAGUUUUGGAUUUUAAACUUUA